ACGGUCAGACCUCUGCUCCAGUGUGGACACCAUGUCUGUGCACUUCUCCUCAGCCUCCAAGCGGCUGGACUCCCCUGGGCGGUUCUCCAGCGGCAGUGCAGGCUUCUCAGCUGGAAACCACUGUGGAGUCCCAGGCAUUGGAAGCGGCUUCUCUUGUGCAUUUGGGGGCAGCUCCUCAGCAGGAGGCUAUGCGCUGGGCACGGGAAGUACCCCUUGCGCUGCCUUCGCUGGAACUGAGCACGGCCUCCUGUCCGGCAACGAGAAGGUGACCAUGCAGAACCUCAACGACCGCCUGGCCUCCUACCUGGACAACGUCCGUGCCCUAGAGGAGGCCAACGCCGACCUGGAGCAGAAGAUCAAGGGGUGGUACGAGAAAUUUGGACCUGGUUCUUGUCGUGGCCUGGAUCACGAUUACAGCAGAUACCUUCCGAUCAUUGAUGACCUUAGGAACCAGAUAAUUUCCGCCACUGUGAGUAACGCCAGUGUGGUACUGCAAAAUGACAACGCAAGACUGACAGCUGAUGACUUCAGAUUGAAGUAUGAAAACGAGCUGGCCCUCCACCAGAGCGUGGACGCCGACAUCAAUGGGCUGCGGCGAGUCCUGGACGAGCUGACCCUGUGCAGAACCGACCUGGAGAUCCAGCUGGAGACCCUCACCGAGGAGCUGGCCCACCUCAAGAAGAACCACGAGGAGGAAAUGAAGGCUCUGCAGUGCGCGGCCGGAGGCAACGUGAACGUGGAGAUGAACGCGGCCCCAGGUGUAGACCUCACGGUGCUGCUGAACAACAUGCGGGCCGAGUACGAGGCGCUGGCGGAGCAGAACCGCAGGGACGCCGAGGCCUGGUUCAAUGAGAAGAGCGCCUCGCUGCAGCAGCAGAUUUCUGAAGACAGCGGAGCCACCACCUCCGCCAAGAACGAACUUACUGAGAUGAGACGCGUGGCGCUAGCCCUGGAGAUUGAACUGCAGUCCAACGUAGCCUUGAAACACUCGCUGGAGUGCUCCCUCAGCGAGACCGAGGGCAACUACUGCUCGCAGCUGGCCCAGAUCCAGGCGCAGAUCGGGGCCCUGGAGGAGCAGCUGCACCAGGUCAGGACCGAGACCGAGGGCCAGAAACUGGAGUACGAGCAGCUGCUGGACAUCAAGGUGCACCUGGAGAAGGAGAUCGAGACCUACUGCCGCCUCAUAGACGGAGACGAGGCAUCUUGUUUCAAAUCAAAGGGCCAGAGAGGACCAGGAAAUCAGAUAAAAGAGGCACCUAAACCCAUCAUUGUUAAAACAGUUGUGGAAGAAAUGGAUACUCGUGGCAAAGUGUUCCCGUCCAGAAUUCAAACCACCGAAGAGAAACCCAGCAAAAUCAACAAGAGUGAACAGAGGGUGCCUUCCUGAACCGCACCCCACCAAGAAAAGAUGGCCCCCUAAAUUAAGACACCAAAUGUAGCUGGUUUCCUAAUUGAGAGUCCUCUGAUUUUUCUCCUUUUCUUCCAAUGAACUGUGACAAGGUCUUUGUAGAAUAGUAACAUGUCUUUGGCUUUCAGUAUGGUGAUGUUUCAAUAAAAGAUCUUCCUGUUGCAAGUUA